AUGGAAGGUCAAGCAGAAGCCGGAAGUCAAGAGCGUUCCGCCGGUUCCAUGGCUGACUCGGGCCCAAAAGAUCGCGAUAUUGGACGAUCAAACUCGGCUCGCUUUUCGCGCGGAAACUCCAGAGGUGGUCGAGGCAAUCGUCCGGGUAAGAAAAGAGAUAUGGGUCGAAAGGAAUGGGCCAAAAAUAAAGUAGACAAGAGACAGCGGAACGAUGACGAACAAGCGACCAAGAGGCAGCGGAUCGACAAAGGAGAAGCCCCGCUACCGAUCCAUGCUACCAAGUUCAGUGAUGAGGUCCUCGCAGCGGAAGAGAGAAGACCCAAGAAGAAAGUUGCAGUCCUCAUUGGAUACGCAGGCACAGGGUACAGAGGCAUGCAAUUCACUCACGACCACAAAACAAUCGAGGGCGACUUAUUCCAAGCAUUUGUUGCAGCUGGUGCUGUUUCCAAAGCCAACGCGGACGACCCAAAAAAGUCAUCUUUCGUCAGAUGUGCUCGGACCGACAAGGGUGUACACGCAGCUGGCAAUGUCAUCUCCCUCAAGCUGAUCGUCGAGGACGAAGAUGUCGUUCAGAAAAUCAACGAGAAUCUUGUACCACAGAUCCGAGUCUGGGGUUUUGAAAGAACAAACAACAGCUUUAGCGCAUAUCAGACGGUCGACUCGAGAAUAUACGAAUACCUCAUUCCCACGCACAGCUUCCUCCCUCCUCAUCCAACCACAUUUCUCGGAAAACAGCUCGAAGAGUGGGCCGCGAAAAAGGAUGAUGUUGAAGCAUACAAGAAAAGACAGAAGGAAGUCGAAGGCUAUUGGGAGAAGGUCGACGAAGAGGUCAUCAAACCAAUACUAGAGGAAUACGACCCAGCGAUCAGGGAUAUCCUAGAAAAGGCUUUAUGGCUAAAAGGAGAACAGUCGCAAGAUGUGAACAAGGGAAGUCUUGAAGCAGACACACCUCCUCCUGACGUCGAAGGGGAGCAAUCGACAGGGUUGGGAAAGGAUAAUCUUGGAGCAGAGAGUGCUGCUGACAAUAAGACGUCGCAAUCCGUACAGGAUGUGCCAAUUGUCGAUGGAGAUACUACCGAUGUCCAACAGCCUAUCGAAGACGAAGGUGAGAAACCCUCACCAGAGACGAUUAUCCUCAACAAUGCCACAAAACGUCUCCGUCAAGCGUAUGUCACCGCAAGACGCACAUAUCGUAUUCCAGAGGCACGGCUCAAGCGCAUUCAAGAAACAUUGAAUUUAUUCAUCGGAACUCGAAACUACCACAACUUCACCAUUCAGAAGAGUCAUAGUGACCCAUCUGCCAUGCGAGUGAUCAAGUCUUUCAAACUCAAUACGGAACCGAUCCUAAUUGACGGUACGGAAUGGUUAAGCAUGAAAGUCCACGGGCAGAGUUUUAUGAUGCACCAGAUUCGAAAGAUGGUUGGUAUGGUGGCACUGAUCGUACGAUGUGGGUGUGAUCCAAAACGACUAACAGAAAGCCUGGGUUCGGAAAGCAUAUCAAUACCCAAAGCACCAAGUCUGGGCCUGCUUUUAGAACGGCCAGUCUUCGACUCAUACAACAAACGGGCCAAGAACGAAUUGAGUAGGACACAGAUUGACUUCGACAAUUACAAGAAGGAAAUGGAUGCAUUCAAGCAAGAACAAAUAUAUGAACGGAUGUACAGGGAUGAAGAAAAGGAUAAUAUCUUUGGGAAUUUCUUCAACCAUGUGGACAACUUUCCCAGUCCGACUUUCCUGUUCGUUACCAGUGGAGGCAUCGAAGCUACCAAGAUUCCCAUCAAAGCAGGUGGGAACAAGGACGUUAAUGAUCUGAGCACUGCAUUGGUCGAUGGAGAUGAAGAUGCUGAUGGCAGCGACGCCGAUGAGGGCGUCAAGGACGCUCAUGGCCAUGAGGGCUAG